CAUAACAUGGUCAUGUUCAGAAUUCAGUUCAAACUGCAGCGCAUACUUGUACGUGUUUCAUUUCAAUAGUUGUUUUGUGUAGUGUACGCAACGAGAAAGUGUGUUAGUUUAAUAAUAUUUUAGGUUCCUGGUCCUUAUUUUAUUUUUGGACGGUCAUCUCGGACUGUCUGACCAGAUUGCAAAAUGCUCUACAGCCCUUCGCCGUGAUGUCAUCAAUGAGCGCCGUCCAGUACGAAUUAUUUAAUUAUUUUUAUUCGUUUCUUCGAGAUGGGAGUAAACAAGGAUGAAGCGGAUCGCUGCAUUGAAAUUGCAGUGAUUGCGCUUAGAAAUAACCAACCAGAGAGAGCUCGGAGAUUUCUAGAAAAGGCACAACAACUAUUUCCAACGGAUAAGGCUAAGGCGCUGCUGGAGUCAAUAACACAGAAUGGGCAACCCUCCAACCAAAGUGAACCACCGAGAACCAGCGAUGGUUCCGGCCCCAGGCCCCGGCGACUCAGGGAGGACGUUACUGACACAGCCAAAUCUUACACUUCAGACCAACUGGAGUCGGUAAAAAGAAUAAAGCAGUGUAAAGACUAUUAUGAAAUUCUUGGUGUUGACAAAGAUGCCUCUGAAGAUGAUCUUAAAAGGGCUUAUAGGAAACUUGCAUUGAAAUUCCACCCAGACAAAAACCAUGCACCAGGUGCUACAGAGGCAUUUAAAGCUAUUGGAAAUGCAUACGCUGUGCUGGGUAACACUGACAAACGGAGACAGUAUGACCAUGUUGGGGAGAAGAAAGCACACCCAUCUGGGGAUGACCGUAUGAAUGACGACUUUGAGGCAGACAUCUCACCUGAAGACCUGUUCAACAUGUUCUUUGGGGGUGGCUUUCCCUCGAGUAAUGUUCACAUGUACAGUAACAGUCGAAUGCAGUACACCUAUCGCCAGAGACCAGAGAGAAGACAACAGCAGCGGGAUGGGGGCCUGGCCCUGUUUGUCCAGCUGAUGCCCGUCCUCAUCCUGGUUAUCGUCUCGGCCCUCAGCCAGCUGAUGGUGUCCAGCCCCCCCUACAGCCUCAGCCUCAGGCCGUCCGCAGGCCACACUCAUAAGAGGCUCACUGAGACUCUAAGGGUGCCUUACUAUGUGGGGGACCAGUUCACCAAGGAAUAUAACGGAAUUAACUUAAAAAAUGUGGAGAGGAGCAUAGAAGACGAUUACAUCUCCGUCCUGAGAAACAACUGCUGGAAAGAGAAACAACAGAAGGAAGGCUUGCUGUAUCGAGCUCGAUAUUUCGGAGACAGUGAUUUGUACCAAAGGGCUCAAAAGAUGGGAACUCCGAGCUGUUCCAGGCUAUCUGAAAUCCAUUCUUCCCUACAUGGUUAAAGAUGUCAUUUCCUACGGACAUGCGAGCAGAUUUAGUCCCAAUACAGCCCUCAUAUAAUUUUGAAAAUGCCUUUUAGUGCACCAUUUGAGAUGCUGUAUAGUGCAACCCAAAAUUAUUGAAGUCAUACUAAUAAUGACUUUAUCUAGUUCUUCUGAUUAACAACUGUGAGCUUAUUUAAGACUUUUCAGGAUCACCAAUGCAUUUAUAUUGGUUUUCAUUUUUAAAUAAGAAUGUUUAUAUACUAUUUUAUUUUUAAUGGUUAAUUUGAAUGUUUUUAUCCCCAGAAGAGUAAUUGUUUCCAAUUUUAUUCAAUCCUUAAAUGCAUUGCUUUCUGUCAUUCUGAUUAAGGGUGAGACAUGUAAUUUUUAUUGUAAUAGUGAGCUUGGCUCAUAUCUUUAAGGAAAAAAGCUCAAAUAAAAUAUUUCAGAGCUUU